AUGGAUAGCUUUGUUGAAGCUAUUAAUCGGUGUGGUCUAUGGGAUAUUGGAUUCAUUGGCCCCAAGUUUACUUGGCUUUAUGAGAGAAGUAAGGGGAUUCAAAUCCGAGAAAAGUUAGAUAGAGCUCUUGCUACUAUGGAGUGGGUGAAUUUGUUUUCCAUGGCACGUCUACAUCACCUCACAUCAUCGGCUUCAGAUCACUCACUGUUGGCUUUACGCUUCGUGAGGAAGCCUAAUGGUAAGAGAAUGAAGAGGUUGUUUAGAUUUGAGUCGAUUUGGCUAAAUGAUUCUCGUUGUAAGGAGGUGGUUUUGGAAGCUUGGGGGUGA